AGCUGCAGCAGGACAGAUACUGACACAGUCUGAGUGUUUCUGAGAGGAGGAACUCCUUUCCUCUGGGCUGUCCUGACUCCACACUGCUGGUUUCUUUACUCACGAGUGAAACUUUACGGAAAAAGGAGGAAAACUUCGGAGUGGAGUGGAGUGGAGCUGCCGGAGCCCAUCAGUGACUUUGUGCCUGCUGGCGUGGAUGUGAGGAGGCUUCAGCAUGCUCGGCUGAUCCAGGCUCCUCACUGACGAACAGGAUCGGACACAGUGGACGAUCGUGCUUUUCUGGAUUAAAACAGCACAAACAGAACGCUGCAGACGUGGACUAUGUGGAAUUUAUUCAGCAGAUAUUGAGAUGAAGGAUCUUUGUUGAUAACGGGGCCAGACAGAAAGGAGAGGAAUGGGAUAUGAUUCCAGGUGAGGAGGCGGAGGAAUACUUCAGCUUAUCAAAGAACAUCCAUGAAUAUUUGCCAUGGUACAUGGGAAGGCUCUGAGAUCCACCUUGCUCUCACUCCUCCUCCACAUCAUCUUCGUCACCGCCCAUGGUCGCUCCUAUCCUCGCUUCACCCGUAAUGACACUGAAUUCCAGCACCUGGUGCUCCACCCAGACCCCUCUUUGGGGACAGUGUACUUGGGGGCCAGGGACCACCUCUUCCAGCUGGACGGAUCAGAUGGACUCCGCCUGGAGCAGGAGGAAACGACCGGUCCUGUGAGCGACAGCAAGGACUGCCUUCCCCCAGUCACCGAGGUGAACUGUCCUCAGGCACGGAGAACCAGCAAUCACAACAAACUACUGCUGGUGGAUCCAAAGGCGCUGGAGCUGAUCACCUGUGGCAGCAUCCACCAGGGCACCUGUCAGAAACGCAGCCUGGCAUCCAUAAAGAAGGUUCUGUUUUCUACUGAGAGACCUGUGGAUACGCAGUAUGUUGCUGCCAAUGACCCGUUCGUGUCCACUGUGGGGUUGGUGGUGGGACUUCGUGGAGGGGAGAGGACCGUGAUGUAUGUGGGUAGGGGCUAUACUGCCAGCCAUCCUCCUAUCUCCACUCGCCACCUUUCAUCAGAGCCCGUCUUUUCCUACGAGGAGACCGCCAAGCUAGCUGUGGCCGGCCGUUUGUCGGAAUAUGACCACCAUUUUGUCAAAGCUUUUACCCGACGGUCGUAUGUGUACUUCCUGUUUUACCGCCGUGACAUCAAGUCAGCAUCCAGGGAGUAUCGGACCUACGCUGCCAGAGUGUGCCUCGAUGAUACAUCGUACUACUCCUACGUGGAAGUUCCUCUGGUCUGCAAAUCUCCCUUCUUUACCUCCAGGACUUACAACCUGCUCCAGGCCGCCCAGGUGGGCCAAGGUGUGGGCCAGGAUGGCGAGGACCUGCUGGGAGUCUUCUCCACCCGUACGGGCUUGGCCAACAACAAUCCCUUGGACGCCUCGGCCCUGUGCGUUUACCGGCUGGAUGAGCUCGACAGACACAUCGACUCCACCCGUGACCUCUGCUACACCCAGGACGGCCGGGUGGAGGGCAGGGGGGAGGUUGCCUACAUAGAGUACGAGGUCAAGUCCAGCUGUGCCAACCUGCCUAUGAAUACUCUUAAAGCGUAUCCCUGCGGCUCUGACCACACACCCAGUCCGAUGGCGAGCCGGUCCCCAUUGGAAUCUAAAGCGGUGUGGCAAACCUCUGCAGCCCGUCUCACCGCUGUGGCUGUCAGCGUCAGAGAUGGACACAGCAUCGCUUUCCUCGGAGACUCCAAGGGGACUUUACACAAGGUUUAUCUGGGACAGGAUGGUCGUGUGGAAGUCUACGCAAAUAUGACGAUCCAGCCAAACUCACCCAUUAACAGCGACCUCUUACUGGACAAGAACGGAGCAAACGUCUACAUCAUGACCAAAACCACAGUGGAGAAGCGUCCAGUAGCAGAAUGUGGAGACCACCUGGACUGUCAGUCCUGUCUGUCCGCCAGAGACCCCUACUGUGGCUGGUGUGUGCUGGAGGGACGGUGCGGUCAGCGCUGGGAGUGCCAGCGAGGGUCCGAGCAGGGUCAGUGGCUAUGGAGCUUCAACCAGACCCAGCAGUGCCUCGGCAUCCAACACCUCAGCCUGUACAACAUCAGCCGUGGGGAGGAGACGGAUAUCACAGUAUCAGUAGAAGGUCUACCCAGUCUUGGUAAAGGUGAAGCAUACUCGUGCUUCUUCCAGGACACAGAAACACCAGCCUCUCUCACAAACACUGGAGUGGUUUGCUCCACCCCUGAUGCCAGCAGUCUGCCUCCUAUUGGUCAAGGGGAUGAGUUUGUGAUGGUGACCUUGUCCCUGCGAUUUACAAACGUGACCGUGGCAGAAACUGAAUUCACCUUUUACAACUGCAGCUUAGUCCAGCAGCUGUCGGGACGCAGGCCAUGCCAAGGGUGUGUGAGCAGUCGCUGGGGGUGUAACUGGUGUAUCCAUCAGCAUGUCUGCACACACAAACACACCUGCAGCCAAGGAGUCACCAUCUACAACCAAAACUUCAAACCUCCAACACCCACCAUCCCACCACCCACCAGAAAACCGACCCCUUUACCUCCUACUGUCCAAUAUCCAACAACAACAAUGACAACAGUAGCACCGACAACACAGCCGCCACCCACAGAGACACCCACUCCCACUACAGAAGCUGUCCCUGAAACUACCACCGCAGUGACGACACCCACCACUCCGACUGUUGAACCCACCUCACUCCUUACACUCGCCACCACCUCCCCCUUUGUGCAGCUCUUCAGCCAGACCUCCACCAUCAACACCAACGCCAUCACAGACCCGAUCCCCUCUGAUGUGGAGGGGGCAACUGAGGGAAAUAAUGGCACCACAAGAGAGAAUGACACAGUUAAAAUGUGGAAUACCACAGAGGAAACUCCCCAGACUACAUUACCCAGCAGCACUAGCAGCCAAGUGGAUGCUGAGCUAAGACUUUUAGACCCCUCUGGUGAAGCUGUGGGCUCUUCCACAGAUGUGAGCUCAACCACAUCCAGUAAAGUCUCCCUUUUAAUGGAUCCGUCCAUCAGUGAUGCUGAAGAGACCGUCGUGCUUAGCUCUGAAGAGAAAGAGUCGUCCUUGAAGGAGGAGGAGAAGGAGAACACAGAGACAAAUGAAGACUCUACAACAGCUUCAAUUAGUUUUAAUGAAACUUCAGUCCCAGCAACACAAUCCCCUGAAACGUUUAUCGACACCAGCUCUGAAUCUGCAGACUACCAAUCAGAUUCUACGAUUGACUCUUAUUUUCGGGAAUGUCCAUGUGUGGAGAACAUUAAGGAUUCUUCUCUGCUCCCUGUGAACGUGGAGAGGAAAAUCACUCUGCUGGGGAAACACCUACACCUGUUUCAGGACAAGAGUCUGGACUACGAGUGCGUGUUGGAUGUGGAGAAUGAGUCGGUGGUGGUGGACGCUGCUGUGGAGCUGGAUGCUACAGAACCAUCCGUCUUCUUAAUCACCUGCCAACCACACCAGUACGCUUAUUCAUCUUCAGUGGAGGAAUAUCCGGCCAUGAUCAAUGUAAGGAGAAAGAACUACUUCCUCAUUGACAGCCCCGAGGAUCUCUAUGUGACCUUGUUUAACUGCUCCGUGGGUCGCUCAGAUUGCAGCCGAUGCCGCACCGCUGAUCCAAAGUACGGCUGUGUUUGGUGUGGUGGUGCUGCCACUUCUCACUGCGUGUACCAGGACUCCUGCAGCGAUAAGAUCCAGCACACCUGUCCUGCACCCGUUAUUCACUUUUUGGACCCAGUGUCAGGUCCCGUGGAGGGUGGGACAGUGGUGACUAUUUCAGGCUCUAACCUCGGUCAGAGAGCUGAAGACAUCCAGAACUCGGUCACUGUUGCCGGAGUCCCCUGCAGCGUCAUCCACAGCAGAUAUGAAGUCUCCUCAAGAAUCGUUUGUGAGACUACGAGCAGCGGAGGAGAGAGGAGCGGUCAGGCUUCGGUCAAAGUGAGGGGAGGAGGACUCGGACUGUCGGCUCAGAUCUUCAGCUUUCAGGAUCCUGUACUGAGCAGCGUCUUCCCCCAGAGAGGGCCCAAAGCGGGGGGCUCUGCUCUCACCAUCAGAGGCCGGAGGCUGAGGACCGGACACCCCAGUGAAGUCAGCGUCCUGAUCGGAGGAGUGCCGUGCAUGGUGCUGAACAUCGCUGAAGACCACAUCCGCUGUCUGACCAGAGGCAGCAACAGAACAGGAGAGCAUGGCAUCAUUGUGCGGUUUGGUGGAGCAGAGCGCCAUCUACAGGGUUUGGUCUAUCAUUACACCCCAAACCCCAACAUCACAAUGGCUGCACCGUCAAAAAGCUUCCUCAAUGGGGGCAGAAUCAUCAGAGUCUCAGGUCAGAACCUCGAUGUGGUACAGGAGCCCAAAAUGAGAGUCACUCUCAGUCCUCCUGAUACCCUCCCUCCCAGGAGGAGGAGGAGCUCCAUCAAGAGGAAAGAGUGGAGCCUGAACAGAGACCAGAAUCUUCUGAGUUCAGUGAAGAGAUGGAGGAGGAUCGUCCCAGAGGCUGACUGCCCCGAGGGAAUGCUCUGUCACGUCAAACAGUACGAGUCUCUCUGCAUGGUGAACAGCUCCUCUCUCAUCUCGUGUCCGACCCCCGCUGUGGGUCAAGAAGCCAGGAGGGCAAGGGUUAAAGUCCACUUCCUGUUGGACAGCCUCCAUUUUGACUUUAGCAGCGUGGGGAACGAAGCCUUCAGCUAUGAGCCGAACCCACACCUCUACCCCCUGAACCGGAACGACCCCAGCAAACCGUACCACCACAAACCUGGAAGCAUCAUCUCUGUGGAGGGCGAGAAUCUGGAUCUAGCCAUCUACAAACACGAGGUGGAGGCUCGGAUAGGGGACGGGAUAUGCUCGGUGAAGACCCUAACCCAUAACCACUUGUACUGUGAGCCACCAGCUCAGCAGCCGUCAGUCCAAAGCAGCAAGAAACAGGACGGCAUGGACAGUCUGCCUGAGUUCACGGUGAAAAUGGGGAAUCUGAACUUCACCCUGGGCAGAGUGCAGUACGACACUCAGGCUCAGUCCACAUUCCCUCUGGAGGCUCAGGUUGGAGUUGGGGUGGGAGCCUCUAUAGUGGCUCUCAUUGUGCUCAUCAUAGUGCUCAUAUACAGGAGGAAGAGCAAACAGGCCAUGAGGGACUAUAAGAAGGUUCAAAUCCAGCUGGAGAACCUGGAGACCAGUGUGAGGGAUCGAUGUAAGAAGGAGUUUACAGACCUGAUGACAGAGAUGAUGGACAUGUCCAGUGACCUGGUCGGUUCAGGGAUUCCCUUCCUGGAUUAUAGAGCAUAUGCAGAGCGUAUUUUCUUCCCAGGCCACCAGGAGUCGCCACUGAGGCGAGAUCUGGACGUCCCAGAGAGCAGACGGCAGACUGUUGAGCAAGGCCUGGUUCAGCUGUCCAACCUGCUCAACAGUAAACUGUUUCUCACCAAGUUUAUUCACACUCUGGAGGUCCAGCGGACCUUCUCCCCCCGGGAUCGAGCCUAUGUGGCGUCUCUGUUGACUGUAGCUCUUCAUGGUAAACUGGAGUACUUCACAGACAUCCUGAAGACUCUGCUGAAUGAUCUGGUGGAGCAAUACGUGGCCAAAAACCCCAAACUGAUGCUCAGGAGAACUGAAUCAGUGGUUGAGAAGCUCCUAACAAACUGGAUGUCCAUCUGUCUGUUUACCUUCCUAAGGGAAUCAGCCGGAGAGUCGUUCUACAUGCUGUUCAGAGCGAUAAAGCACCAGGUGGAUAAAGGACCUGUGGACGCUGUGACAGGGAAAGCCAAGUACACUCUGAACGACAACAGACUGCUGCGAGAGGAUGUGGAGUACCGCACACUGACCCUGAAUGUCAUGAUGCCAGCUGCAGCCGCCACUGGAGGUGCUAUAAACCAGACUGUACCUGCAAAAGUCCUGGACUGUGACACCAUCACGCAGGUGAAGGAGAAACUUCUGGAACAAACCUGGAAGGGAACGUCUUACUCUCAGAGGCCGCACAUUGACUCACUACAUCUUGAGUGGCGUGCAGGUGUUGCAGGUCACCUGAUCCUAUCAGAUGAGGAUCUGACAUCAGUUGUGCAAGGCUCCUGGAAACGUUUGAAUACACUGCAGCAUUACAAGGUUCCUGAUGGAGCGACGGUGGCCCUCGUCCCGAGAAACACCAAACAUCUCCUCCAUGACAGCCACGACUACAUGCCUGGAGAGAAGACCCCCAUGCUGGAUGACGGGGAGGAAGGCGGGGUGAGACUUUGGCAUCUUGUUAAAGCCAGUGAGGAGUCGGAGCUGCCGAAGCACAGGAGAGGCAGCGUGAGGGAGAGAGGGGGAGAGAGGGCCAAGGCCAUCCCUGAGAUCUACCUCACGCGUCUGCUCUCCAUGAAGGGCACGCUGCAGAAGUUUGUGGAUGAUUUAUUCACGGCCAUCCUCAGCACCAGUCGUCCCGUACCUCUGGCUGUCAAAUACUUCUUUGACUUGUUGGACGAGCAGGCUCUGCAGCACAGCAUCACAGACCCAGAGACCAUCCACAUCUGGAAAACCAACAGUUUGCCACUGCGGUUCUGGAUCAACAUCCUGAAGAACCCUCAGUUCAUCUUCGAUGUGCAGACCUCAGACCACGUGGAUGCUGUUCUGUCUGUUAUCGCUCAGACCUUCAUGGACUCUUGCACCAUCGCUGACCACAAACUGGGACGGGAUUCUCCCAUCAACAAGUUGCUGUACGCCAGAGACAUCCCGCGCUACAAACAGAUGGUGGAGAGGUACUAUGCAGACAUCCGUCAGACCAUCUCAGCCAGUGACCAGGAGAUGAACUCCGCUCUAGCAGAACUCUCUCGUAAUUAUACCGCUGAGGUCAACUGCCUAGUGGCUUUACACGAGCUGUACAAGUACAUCAACAAAUACUACGAUCAAAUUAUCACGGCUCUGGAAGAGGACUCCACGGCCCAGAAGAUGCAGCUCGGUUAUCGGCUCCAACAGAUCGCCGCUGCCGUAGAAAACAAAGUCACAGACCUAUGACCCCGAGGUUUCGAUAGAUUUUUCCUUUAUCCUUGAAGCAGAGGACAAUGACAGGAGGAGCGUCUCUCUCCAGGAGGAAAAGCUCUGCUCUUUCUGUCUUUUUAAAGCACACUGAGGACAAAAAACUCUGUGGCACUGUGCUUGUUCUGUCAUUUUGGCAGACUGAUUCUUAGUGAAGGGAGAAAUUAUCCCAGGAGGCUCUCCGGCUGUGUUUCCUGUCCCAAACUCCCACACGUUUCCACAGUUCCUAACACUAGGAGUAAAAUGACAGAGCUCUGAAGACGGAGAGGAAAUCUAAAAUGAAGCACAUAUGAUCUGACAUCUUGCUUUCAGAUUUCCCACAUUGACUUCUUGUUUAAGGGAGACAUAAGAGAAAGACUGCACGUUUCCCGUGGCUCUGCUGACGGACUUAGAUUUCCAAACUGCACCGAUCAUUCCUGCAAGUUUCCGGCUCUGCUUAACACAAGCUUCAUGCUUUCUGCAAAGGGAUGGAUGUUGCAGGUAUGCUGGAUGAAAUAAGGAGGCAAAGGGAAAGGAUUGGACCAUUUUGGAGUUCUCUUUCAGUGUUUUGAAGUCUUACAUAAAGGAAAAAAAACUGGAGGCCUGAGCAACCAGUCAUUGUAUUUGAAGGACUUUUUCAUUCUGUUUUUAGCUUCCAGAAAUCAGUCUAACAAGUCUUACUUUAUGACGUCUAAUCAGCGGGUAUUGGACAGUUUCUCGCUCAUUGUACACAGGAUUUAUUUUUCAUUUUUUAAGCUUCAGAUCGCUGGUUUACUGCAGUUUAAAGAUGCUGCCUUGUGUAGGUUAAACUUCAAGCAGUGUUUGGUAAAAGUGUUCUUUUGUUGAGGAUAUUUUCUGCCGUCUCUUUUCACUUAAUCAACCUCUGCUGCAUCGAUGCUCCUUUUCUUUGGUGACUUUUUGCAAAUAAUGCUUCUGUAAACAAUAGAUGUGAAAGGACAAAUUGGGAAAAGGUAUUGACUGCUAACAUGAACUGAUCCGUCCUUAAAAAGACAUUCAGCACAACUUAAAUUACACCUGGAGUAAUAAUGAAAUCAACACUCCUGUUACUCAAAAAGAUGAUCUGAUCACUUUUAAAAAGCUUAGCCUGACUUAUUAGGGAGUAAAUGCACAGAUAUGUGAGAGAUGCAAGAAUGAGGUUAAUUCUACAUUAUUCAUUCAUCUCUUAAAGCAACUUUAGGGAUAUUUUUUUCUUCCAUGGGGUGUUUUAUUAGUGCUUGUCAUUGUUGAGAUUUAGUGCCAAAAUUAGUGCAUUAAAUUAGUGUCUUCCUGUUCUCACAGUGGUGAAAAAUAAGGACAACACUGCUCAGAGAAUGUCUAAUUUCAGUUUAAAAACAUGCAGACAGCUCAGUGUCCAAGCCAAGAGUUGUUGACACAUUUUACAUCAAAUUUUCAACAUUUUUCUGUCCCUUUUAGAAAUUUACUGUUACUUUUUAAUCCAUACCAUACUCUUCUUUUCUGUAGUAAGUCUUUAUGUAACUUUGAAUCUACAAGAAGUUUGAUUUCUUCAAAAAUAAAAUAAGUAAAGUACCCCCUAGCACAAACUUAGGAAAUUCCAAAAUGAAAGCAUAACAUAAAACAGGUAAUUGAAAAAUUUCUGAGCUUAAUUGCUAAACUUUACAUCAGGGGUGUCCAAACUAGGGCCCAGGGGCCAAAUGCGGCCCACAGUCCAUUUUUGAUUGGCCCACAUUAAACAUUAAAUGAAAUAUGGCCCACAUUUGAACAUGAAGCUUGUGCUUGACUGUAUGAUACUUCUUGGUUUUAGCACAAGGCUACCAUGCUAUGUCUGUAAACAAACAUUUUGACAAGAAGAAUUUAUUGGUUUUAGUUUUUGGUGAAUAAAUUAAGACUGUAAAUGGAAAACAUUUUGGCAACCAACAGUAUCACAAUAUUUUGAUUAAGAAUUCUCUGAUGGAUUAUAAAGGCUUAUGGCAGUACCGAUGGUUUUUUAGGGGCAGAACGAACAGUAGCCUCCUGAAAUCUGACUGGCCUCCCUAAAAUCCUUAAAAUGAUUGGCUGUUUGCCUUGUCAGCUAUUAAUUAGCCAUUUAAGUAUACCCUAUCUCUAAGAAAAUCUUAUCCAUCAAACCAUUGGUUUUACUAACUUUACAGUCCUCAGGAUGAGGCAUAUGAAAGUGGCCCCACCAUCCUUACAUAGUUCCUCUUACUCAGUGAAAAAAGUUUGGACUCCCCUGCUUUACAUGGUUACUUAGAAAAAGCACCUAAACAGAGAAUCUUUAAAAAGUGUAAAUGCAGUCUUAUUAAAUGCAGUUUAUAAAACUGUAUGCUAGCACAGAGCGGCGCCCGGCCCCUCAUCAUUGAUAACUGUUCAAUAAAAACGGUCCUUCAUUAGUUAUAUUUACUAAACAGAAAACCAACAUUUUGUUAGAAUUCAUACAUUUCUCAUAAUGAAGGAAAAAUGCACUUCUGCUUUAGUCCCAGAAUGUGCAUGCAUGCUGGAGGUGACCCUAGAGUGCACGCAUUCAGGGACCAAAACCAUUGUGAAUUUGGAAGUCCCUUUUUUCUCCCUUGUAAUAAAAAAAUGAAUGAAUGAAAACAAAACGCCUGUUUAGUAAAUGCGUUUCAUGAGAGGCACAAGCAGUGCUGGCGUGAGAUCGCUGGAAAUGCCAAGUCUGGGUGGUUUCCAUGCCAUAGUGUUAACCAUUCCACUUAUAAAAUCUGAUACUUUCUCUGUCUUUGAAAACCAUAGGGAAUAUCUGAGAUGAUCUAAGACCUCAAUGUAAAAGUAUAAAUAACAUAGGGAUGGUCUUUUAAUAAAGUUAACAAAUAUUUCAGUGCAGAAAUACUACAUAUUGUCUUCCACCAAGGAUCAUUGGACGUCUGAGAGUCAUUUAGUACAUGCACUGCAUGUUCCAUAAUGAAUAGACCUUUUGCAUAGGGAUGCUUUUGGUGAUACCCAAUGUGCUGAUAUUUACAAAUUCAUUUCAGCUGAUAUGGAUAUAGAAAUAAAGUUCAGAACUAAAACUUCAGUCCCUCCAUCAAAUUUAAAGAAUGAGAAUGAACAAUUAAAAAAACUCCAGCUGACGUAAAUCUGUCAGUGUUGCCUAAAACUCCCCAUCAUUUACAGCUGAUAUAAAUUUUCACUGCAGAUAUUGAUAAUGAACUUUUUCAUCUAUCUGCAAAACUGAUAUGCCGAUAAUAUCGUGCAUCCCUGCUUUUGCAGACAUGUCACUUUUAAUACAUCUGUCACUUUGGACUACAGACAGCUGAGCUGCAGAUGUUGACAUUAGACUAGUUCGUAUUUUAGUGGCCUUCUAGCUAUGUUUGAAGGCGUAAAAAAUGCGAAAUGCAUAAUAGCGUAAAGCCAUGUUCACACAAAGAUCAGUGACUGUAAGCUUCUUGUGGUGAAAGAGGUGUUUCUCCUGAUAGACAGGCAGAGAUCUUUAAGCACACACAUUCAUUGAUUACUAUGUAGCUGUCUGCAUGAAUCUUUUUUAUGCAAAUUUUCACCCAAAUGUCAAAAUAUGCUCAUCGGACUACAUGGAGAGAUAUUCACAUGUUCUCAUUGUGUUUCCAGUGUCUCAUUCAGUUGAAAGUAGCUUGUAUACUACCCAUAUAUUUAAAUCCACAAGGGUAUUUAUAUAAAUUAUACCUUAUUAUAUGUACAUAAUGAAGUCAAAAAUCCCAUAAUGUCCCAUAAUGUAGAAUCAAAUAACACAUUUAGAGCCUCUCUCACAUCUGUGUGCAUUAUCUGUAUUGAAUUUAACUGCUUGGUCCAGUCUAUUACCAUUGAUUUUCAUUUUUAAGGCAGGUCUGGUCUUCCAUAUUUGUACGAUGCCUUUGCUGUUCACUACCUUUUCUCUUCUGUCAUUUUUUUGAAUCCAUCCCUUCCUGUAGAUUUAAUCUCGGUACUUACGUUUUCACACCGAUGGUAUUCGUUUUCCACUUUUGUCAUUUCAGCAGAAUUUGAUGCCACUUUGUCAAACAUUUCACUCUGAAGAGAGCUGAGAAAGCUCCAUUUGGGAAAAGUCUUUAUUUAGUUUUAACCAAUUUAAUUUAUUUUUAUUUAUUUCAUUGCAUAGUUGUUUCAUGUUAUUUUACAAACGUGUAAAUUCCUCAUUGUUGUUCCCCUUCCUGUCAGAUCUUCAUCAUCUGGAGAACUUUGGUCCUUGUUGAAGUUCAAAUCACAGCCAAUCGUUUUGAUUUUUGCCACAUUUUCAGCCUCUUUUUUAUAUUUUUCAUGGAUUUUAGAUGCAGAUGAGAAACAUGAGUUUUAUUGUUGAAUGGUUUUAUUGAGGUACAUGAAAAAGUUGUUUUUAUCAGGGUUUUUUUUUUUGCCAUGCACACUGUGUUGCCGAUGUGUGCAUGACUUGGGUCUGUGAUGGUCCAUUCUGAUGUGUUUCCAUGAUUCUGUAGAUACAAACUGCUCUGACUUUAGUGUUCUCGAACUAAUCAUAGGACAAACCUAACAACGACUUAAUGUGAUGCAAUA